AAACAAACCGUUUCCAAACUCCCCCACCAGCCCCCAGUCAGUCAGUCCCUUCUCAUUUCCAAGUCUCAAACAGUCUCGCAGCUACGCCACCACCUCCUCUCUCUUUCUCUCUGUCAUGGCAAUCACCAAUAUCUCCAACUUCUUUCUCCCCUCUCCAUCUCAUUCCUACCACCACCACUACCGCGCUUCACCUCAAACCUUCACUGUCAUCACCCGACGCUUUGUCACUACCCCCCCUGCCACUUCCAACCUCUUCAACCCCUCCCUAACUUUCACCACCCGUCCCAGACCCACCAUCAUCUACUCCACCGGAAAUGGAGGAGGCGGUGCAGGAGGAGGAGGAGGUGGUGGUGGUGGUGGUGGUGGUGGUGGGGAUAGUGAUGGUGAUGAUGACGCGGAAGACCGGGAGAGGAACAGAGAAGAGGCGGUAAUGGCCUUGGGAGAGGCGGGGAGGUCAGUGGAGAGCGUGGACAAGGACUUGAGGGCGGCGAUUGAGGCCGGGAGGGUGCCGGGGUCGAUUGUGAGGAGGUACUUUGAGCUGGAGAGGUCGGCGCUAUUCCGCUGGUUGCUUCAGUUCGGUGGGUUCAAGGAGCGGUUGCUUGCCGAUGAUCUUUUCUUGGCCAAGGUUGCCAUGGAAUGUGGCGUUGGGAUCUUCACCAAGACUGCGGCAGAAUUGGAGCGGCGUAGAGAAAAGUUCACCAAGGAACUGGAUUUUGUCUUUGCCGAUGUGGUAAUGGCCAUUAUAGCAGAUUUUAUGCUUGUCUGGCUUCCAGCACCUACUGUUUCUCUCCGGCCACCUCUUGCAGUUAGUGCUGGACCUAUUGCUAAGUUCUUCUAUGGCUGUCCCGAUAAUGCAUUUCAGGUGGCUUUGGCUGGAACAUCUUAUUCACUUUUGCAAAGAAUAGGUGCAAUAAUGCGUAAUGGAGCCAAACUAUUUGCAGUUGGGACCGGUGCAUCUCUGGUUGGUACAGGUAUAACAAAUGUAUUGAUCAAUGCCCGAAAGGCUGUUGAUAAAUCUUUCGCUGGCGAAGCAGAGGAUGUACCUGUAUUAUCAACCAGUGUUGCAUAUGGUGUUUAUAUGGCUGUUUCUAGCAACCUAAGGUACCAAGUACUUGCGGGAAUAAUUGAACAACGAAUCCUAGAACCCUUGCUACACCAGCACAAGAUUAUACUAAGUGCUAUUUGCUUUGCUGUUCGAACUGGCAACACAUUCUUAGGGUCAUUAAUGUGGGUGGAUUAUGCACGCUGGACUGGAAUACAAAAGAUAAGGGAGUAGAGCAUUGGCUGGAAAAACUAAGUUAUAUCAUUGUUGCAAGUAAAAUUUACAUUAGAAUAAGAUAUAACUUCUAUAUGUGGAUUUGCAUGGGAUGAUAGGGGAUCGAUUUGGGUGCUUUGGUUUUGCAUACCCCGUGGUAGAACUCUGGCCGUAAAUUUAUUGUAAUUAAUAAUGUUAUAGGCCCUAAAACCUCCUUAUAUUCCAGAAUGUCACUGUCGCUAGCACAGCAAAAACAUGCUGAUGCAGAAUUGUAAACAGAGCUGCCCUCACCAGGGGUUUGAUAUUUGUUAGAUUUGUGGUGUUUGAAGAAUGCAAUGAAUGUUUGCUUUGGUGAGCUGA